UAGUUGAGUCUGUACUGUGUGUUUCUCCAGACUCCCAGCUACCUGGAACAGAGAGACCCUGGACAACCUGGGCGUUCUACCUCUCUACCUGACAUCCUCCUUCUACAAGAACUUCUCUAAGAAUGUAAAGGGCCAGUUCCUACAGUCAUUCCUGAAGGUGCUGAGGAAGAAUGGAACGUCCAGACAGAAGAAGAGGAGGAUGAAGACGGCUAUCAGACAGUCCAUCAUCGACCAAUCACAGUCCAAACGCUCCAUAGUGAGUGAAUGCACAGUAGGAAAUAUCACUCAGGUCACGAUCAGUGAGAAUACGUUCCCCUUCAACUACGAGACCGUGACCAAGUUCAACUGCUGCCUGACGGCCAAGACAGUCGUUGACAACCUGGACGCCAUCACCGCCAAGGUGGACGACCUGGAAUACCUUGAAGUGGUCCUGGCGAGACUCAGAGAGGCCUACUCCGCAAACUCCACCAUCCCAGAAGCGAAGGUGCAGGUUCUUGGGCCGGCUUCGCGCGUUGCCACUAACGCUGACAUCACCAUGUGGAACAUCACCAAGAUCGACACACUGUCCGCUCUGAUGGACUCCUCCAAUGGAAACUGGGAUGCUGCCAUGGCGCAGGCCAUCAUCAGUAAGUACCUGAGGAACUCAGGAAAUACUCUGGGCAGUGCAGAGCUCAACUCCAUCGGAGGACCCAACCUGUGUUCACUAGACAUCAGCCUCCUGAAGACCAUUACACAGAGUAGCCUGAGUAAUGCCAAUGCCCUGACGGUGACCAACUGCAACAUAAUGAAGAUGAGAACGCUGUUCAUCAUCGCUGAAGGAGCCUUCCAGAGCCGUAGUACUGUCUCUGCUACCUCCUACCAGCUAACACAGCCAUACAUAGGUGGUGCUGACUCAGCCUACGUCCAGCGUCUGUCCACCUCUAACAUCAGUAUGGACAUGGACACUUUCAUCAGCCUGGACCCUACUGUUAUACAGACUCUGGGUGUGAGCCAGGUCAAAGGUCUGCUGGGUUCUAACCUGCCAGAGCUGAAGAGCUAUGAGAACCAGAGCACGGUCCGGACCUGGAUCAGCACCCGUUUCCAGGCCGACCUGGACUAUCUGGGGCUGGGUCUGAAGGGAGGCAAGGCUGACCCCACCACGGUUGGCGUGGGAACCAUCAUACUUCCUACCAGUGCAGGGGUAACUGGAGGAGCUGGGCCAGUCAACACCGUGGCUGGAGGAGCUGCUGCUACUACUACAGCGAGCGGCGGAGCGAUCAACAGACCAACGUUCGGCCUCCACCUUCUCCUCACCACUCUGGCCGUCGCUGUCCUGUACAUUCUACACUGAUUUAAACACUGAUUUCAGAGAUUUUAUAUUUCAGAGUGAGAGAGUUAACUGACUCCAUAGCAUCAAGUCGCAUUCGGCUCAGACAGGGAAAAACAUCAUGUAAAGUUCUCAAACAGGAAACAAAAAUGUAUACAUUUAGAGUCAGGUAGUGCCUUAGAUAUUGUAAAUAUCACUGAAUACAAGGAUAUACUAUCAAAAGACUAUAAAACAAUCUAGCACUUUAGUCACGUCAAUGUUUCUGCUCUGACAAAUUCUGCAUUUUAU